AUGGAGUGGACCAAGCAGCGGCUGGCGGAGCUGCUGCCGGGGCUGGAGGCGCCGGCGCUCGAGGUGGCGGGCGCGUCCCGGGACGGCGGCGUCACUUCCUACACGGCACGGGUGAACCAAGUCAAGAGCGUGACGGGGGAGGCCAUGCUGACCACCCGCAAGGGCAACAAGCGCUUUGCCUUUUACGACCUCAAGAUAACCCUGGGCUGGGAGGCAGCCCCGCCGCCGGCAGCACCCGCAGCAGCAGGCGCGGCGGAGCCGCAGCGGGCGCCCAUGGUGGCAGCGCCGCCGGCAGAUGCCGCGGCCGAGGCGCUGGCGGGCCCCAGCCUGGGCGGCGCAGGCGAGGCCCCGGGCGCGGGCGGCGGGGAGGCGGACGACGGCGGGGACGAGGGCGAGGACGAGGCUGGCGGCGAGGUGGCGGCAGCAGCGGAGGAGGGCGGCAUCACCGGGGAGCUGACUGUGGGGGAGUUUGGGAGCGGGUCGGAUCACGAUGAUCUGGAGGUGACGUGCACCGCCACAGGCGGCAGCGAUGGCAGCGAGCGGGAGCGGCUGCGGCGGCACGUGCAGGCCGCGCUGUGGCCGCUGGUGCUGGAGCGGCUGGAGCAGUAUGUGCGAGAGCUGAGCGAGGCCUGA